AUGACUUCCCUUCAGACAACAGAGCAGAUGUUGUGGUUCCCCACCAAGUUUCAACAAGCUGCUGGGAUGGAAAUGAAUAACAAGAAAGCCAUGGUAUUGGUCUUGCUGCUGCUACUGUCUCAGCUGGCCUGUGACGCUCACAGCGUGCCUGAGUGCUGCAGAGAACCGUCUCGUCCCUGCCGCCUUUAUGUGUUGCUGUGUCGCUCAGGCAACAAGGGACCGGGUGGAGUCCUCACGGAUGAUGCGUCCGCUGGGAUCCUCACUCUGGGCAAACGAAAAGAGGACGAGUAUCGCUUUCAGAGCCGACUCCAACAGCUCCUACAAGGCUCCAGGAACCAAGCAGCAGGGAUUCUGACAAUGGGGAAGAGAACCAGAGAGAGAGCUGGGGAGCAGUACAUGGACUGGAUGGCUCAAUCUGGAACGACCAUUAUGACUCCCCUGCCUGUUUGA